UUGUCGACGCUCGACGGUGUUCGUGUCUUCGUGGACGGAGUGUGGAACGGAGUGAGGCGGGUUGCUGCCGUGUGCAUUGCAUUUCGUUUUCACGAGUACCGAUCGGAUACGAGGCUUCCGAAACCUUCCUCUCUUCGUCUUUCGACGAUGCACCGGUGUGACUUCUGAAAGUUCUGUAACGACGUGGACAAGAUAACAUCCUCGCGGAUCAUCGGUGUUUUGCUUCCCUUCCCGGUCGGGCGUGCGUCCACGCCGAUCGUGCGUGUCGCGCCACGAUGGCUCUCAGCCAGACCAGCGUGCUGAAAUUGUACAACACUGUGAUAGAAGAUGUAAUAUCAGGAGUACGAGAGUCGUUUAUAGAUGAAGGUGUGGAUGAGCAGGUUUUACUAGAGCUCAAGCAAAUAUGGGAAGGAAAAUUAAUGGCUAGCAAGGCCGUGGAAUUAAAUCCAGAUCCACCAGAGCCGCAAGUUCCUCAAAUCAAUACGCACAAAGCUGUCAAUAAAGCUAAUAUAGGAAAUCAUUUUGUACAACCAUCUGCUGGAAAUACAGUACCGCAAACACAACCUCAACAACAAUCGCAACAGCAGCAGCAAGUGCAAGCACAGUCACAGCAAUCGUCGCAACCUCAACAACACACGCAUCCUUCCACAGGAACAACAUUGCAGCAACAGCAGCAACAUUCGACGACGCCGGUGCAGCAAGUAGUGACUGCUUCAGCUGUGCUCGAACGACAAGUACCCAUACAGAUCACCUUACCUCCACAAGCUGGUAUUCCGGACGGACCACAACGUAUUUUAAGCAUACAAGUUCCUGCAUCUGCUCUUCAAGCAAACCAGCUGCAUACAAUUUUAACAGGUCCGGUAAUUUCCGCCGCUAUGGGUCUUCCAGCAAAUUUAGCUUCGACUCUAUUACAACAACAUGUAAAUUCUACAUUGCAAGGGCAAGCAGCAUUAACUCCAUUACAAGUGAAUCAGCCUCUUCAAGUGGUUACACAAAGUACAAACAGUGUUGUUACACAAAGGCCACCUCAAAAUCAGCAGCAAAAUAAUAUAAAUCAGUUAGACGGAGGAGUCGGUGAUUCUACUGACGAUGACGAUGAAGAGGAAGAAGAGGAUAACGACGAUGAUGACGAAGAUAUUGAUGAGAAAGAGGAAGAAGAAAAUGAUGAGGCUGCGGCUCGUGAAGAGGAACCCCUUAAUUCCGAAGAUGAUGUUACGGACGACGAUCCUACUGAUCUCUUCGACACCGAUAAUGUAGUCGUCUGCCAGUACGAUAAGAUUACAAGGAGUCGGAAUAAGUGGAAAUUUUAUCUGAAGGACGGUAUAAUGAAUCUAAGUGGAAAAGAUUAUGUGUUCCAAAAGGCAAAUGGGGACGCUGAAUGGUAACUCUUAAGUGCGUUGUGAAUAUCGUGUUGCCCACAGUAAGCUCGACUCAGGGAGACUGCAUAUAAAGGCAACUUGAUGAUGUGUUCACGUGAAAUCACGUUAAUAUGACAGAUAUGAUAAUCUCUACGGCGAUUCUUCUAUCGAUUGCGUGAUGCUGCCGCAGGCAAGGAAAUUUACAGUAUAGGGGAACAAUGACGAACAUUAUCACAUUAUUAGAAAUAUCAUUGUUAAUUUUGUGUUGUAUCUUUAGCCCUCUGAAUAGCAGAAUAUUCGAGAUAUUUAGACAUUCUACAUUUAGCCGAUUCUACUUGUUGAAAUUAAAUAAGUCACAAACGUUAAAAAUAUGUUAGAUUUUAU